AUUACCUAUCUGAGGUUAGCACCCCUCUAUGCCCGUCUUAUUUUGCCCCCUGUCCCGAACCAAAAAUUGUUAGUCGGUACCCCAACUAUGUAAUAAAUUCUGGCGGAGCAAUAAGUCACUCUUUAUCCGUAAUCCUUCUGCGUUAUUCUCGCAUGCUCAUGUGGAGACUGACCAUAAUGCAUAAGACCAUCCCUACCCCCUCCCGCUCCUCGCUCUAGCACAUCCCUUGAGCAGUAAACGUCUCUCGGCCUCAUAUGUAACUGAUGGCUUCUGAAAGGCAACGUGAUAGAUUCCCCAGUGCUGAACCUCCCUUGGCAGAGACCACAGCGGCCGCAACCCGGGGUUCAGAUGCAACUUACAUCCGCCCCAGGACAAGGCAGCGGGUCCCUAAGGAACCUGCCCCCCUUACUGUCCCGGAUAUAAGUGAGGAUGCUGCUGAGAGGAAGAGGGUGUUGAAUGUCCUAGCGCAACGCAGAUACCGGGAACGCAAACGACAAAGUCGACCCCAGGCUGCUAGGGGGCAACGCCAGUCCCCACAAAGUGGUGUAUCUCAACCAGAGGAUGGCAGUCCUUCUGCCAAUGACACGAACGGUGAAGAACCUAACGGUCAUGGGCCUUCUACCAAUGUUGCAAACGGUGUAGAACCAAGCACUGAGGUCCAUGCAGAUAUGGCCGGCUCACUCCAAACAACUACUGCGUCUGUCGAGACCAACCCGGCAGGAGACAUCUCUUCCUUUAGUCUAGAUUUCACUGCAUCGCUAUCACCAGGCAUGUUUGACCUGUCUGACAAGGCUCUGGAGGACCUAGCCAUGAACACAGGGGGACUACCCAGCUUAGACCUAGACAGCCAGCAGCUCAACUUCGGGACCCAGGUGCCGUCAACAACCGCGGCGCCGUCUAGCUUCUCAUUGACCAUCGAUCCCUCCGCCGUCUUCAAUACAUCCUCCUCCGCCGUCACCACCAUUUCCUCCUCUUCGUCCUACGCCUCCCCAGACACAUCAUCCGCGUCAGUGACCAGCCCGCCAGCGGACUCGUACUUUCUCCCCGUCAACGAGCUCACCCUCCUCCGAGCCUUCCUACGAAUCGCCACACGCCUCGGCUGCGCCAAGAGCCUCUGGGACCUCUCAGCGACCAGCCCCUUCUGCCCGCCCCUCCCGACCGCAGGGCCGACGCCGCCCUUCAGCAACCUCGACGGCGCCGCCGCCACGGGGGCGAGCAACAACGACUCCGGCGGCGGCGACCUCGCCCCGCUCCCGCCGACGUGGCAGCCGACGGCGUCGCAGCAGCUGGUGCCGCACCACCCGAUGCUGGACAUACUUCCGUGGCCGUCGGCGCGCGACCGCGUCAUCGCCGUGUUCGGCCUGCCCGAGGCGGCGCGGCCGGCUGCGGCUGCGGGGCCCCUGGCGCUGGCGGAGCUGGCGUACGACGUCGAGGACAGCGCCGAGGGGAUGCGCAUCUGGGGGCCCGACCCGUACGACCCGGCUGCGUGGGAGGUCGGGCAGCUGCUGUUCGAGCGGUGGUGGUUCAUCUUCGACAGGGAGAUUGUGGAGCAGAGUAAUAGGUGGAGGGCCCUCAGGGGGGCGGGGGCGCUGAAGAUGAAGGGGGAGGGGGAGUGGGGGCGGAUGGGCGGGUUCACGAUGGGGUGGUGACGGUGAUGAGAGCGGGGAUGGACGGGGGGUGCUGGAUAGAGCCCCUAGAGGGGCAUGGUUAGGAAGUUUAAAUCUCGGCUUAUAGUUUAUGGAAUCAUGUUAGCUAGGUAGUAUUGUGCCAAUUGGGAGUGGGAGUUGGACGGAGACUUAUGAAGUCGUAUGAAAUAUUUUGAAUUUGUCUAGAAGUGGCUAGUUACAUCGGCUCGAGACUCCAGAACCCCCCUCAACAUUCGUCGGGAUUCUAGGGCGUAGGAAUGAGAUCGUUAGCAUUCCCCCUCGGCAGGGCGUUGGUGUUGCUGACAAGUCCAUUUAGCGGCGGAUGCUGACUGUUCGCCCUGCUGUGGUUUCAUAAGUAGGUAGGU